AUGCGGCGGCGUAGUGAAAUAGAUACGGCGACUGAGGGAGAUGUGGAGCUGGAGUUAGAGACUGAGACCAGUGGACCAGAGCGGCCUCCCGAGAAGCCACGGAAGCACGACAGCGGUGCGGCGGACUUGGAGCGGGUCACCGACUAUGCGGAGGAGAAGGAGAUCCAGAGUUCCAAUCUGGAGACGGCCAUGUCCGUGAUUGGAGACAGAAGGUCCCGGGAGCAGAAAGCCAAACAGGAGCGGGAGAAAGAACUGGCAAAAGUCACUAUCAAGAAGGAAGAUCUGGAGCUGAUAAUGACCGAGAUGGAGAUAUCUCAAGCAGCAGCAGAACGCAGCUUGCGGGAACACAUAGGCAACGUGGUAGAGGCGCUUAUUGCCCUAACCAACUGAUGCGUGCUUCCACAAAUAAACCUACUGGAUUAAUUUAUGGCAAUAAAAAUUUUUUUGUCUUUUUCA